AUGUCAAGUUCGACGCUCUACACCAAUCCCUCCGCCAAGUCAUGGACUUAUUCAUACGAGACAGAUAUAAGUCCAGCUCAAGCUUUCCACAAUCGCCUUCCAGGAUAUGAGCAGACGCCACUCAUCCCGCUGUAUGACCUCGCAGAGCAAUUGGGUGUCGGUGCCGUUUUCGUCAAAGAUGAAAGCAGUCGGCUUGGCUUGCCGGCCUUCAAAAUCCUGGGCGCCUCCUGGGGCACAUUCCGUGCAAUAGCCGAACAGACCGGUCUUUCGCUGAACAUGAGCCUGCGGGAUGUGUCAGAAGCGGCGAAGAAGGCAGGAACGAUUCUCUUUGCUGCCACAGAAGGAAACCACGGCCGUGCCGUUGCGCGGAUGGGGAAGAUUCUGGAGAUCCCCACCCGCAUCUUCAUGUCCAGGUUUGCGGACCAAGAAACAUGCCAGAAGAUUGAAGGCGAAGGUGCACAAGUUACUGUGAUCCCAGGUAGCUACGAUGAUGCGGUCGCUGCUGCCUUUGCAGAAUCGCGAAGGGUCUCCACUGGUCUUCUCAUCCAGGACAACGCUUUCGAGGGGUAUGAACGGAUUCCAGCCUGGAUCGUCGAAGGCUAUUCAACCCUUUUACUCGAGAUCGGGGAACAGCUUGAGGCACAAGGUCUCCGGCCUACCAUGAUCGUCACCCCGAUUGGUGUGGGUUCGCUCGGCCAUGCCGUCGUGGCCUUCUGCAAGUCUGGCGGGAGGCAGAUUGGGGUGUUGACUGUCGAGCCCGAGACGGCUGCAUGCUUACAGCAUAGCCUCAGAGCCGGGGAACGGAGCACAAUCGACACAUCGGCUACCAUUAUGAACGGCAUGUGUUGCGGCUCUGUGUCACCCAUCUCAUGGCCAGUCCUCUCAAGGGGCGUCGAUGCAAGCAUCGUGGUAUCGGACUUGGAAUGCCACGAAUCAGUACAGUACAUGCAGGAUUGCGGCAUCAAUGCUGGUCCCUGCGGGGCCGCAACCCUGGCGGCUAUCAAGAAGGCUGCCUCGAUGGGACUGUCUCUCCAGACCAAUUCUGUCAUUGUUCUGGUGAAUACUGAAGGUGCUAGGGCCUACCCUCUGCCGUCGUCUUAUGUGGCUGCAAAAGCGUCAGACCGCGCGGGAUCAUGA